UGAAAUUUCUACAAUUUUUUUAUACUUUUAAAUAUAUGACAUGAAAAUUCAAAUAAAAAUGAGUGGACCAAAUGGCCUUCAAUUUGAAGUUAUUUCAACACGGACAGUUGAACCUACAAAUCAAAAGAAAUAUGUGGCUUAUAAAGUUGUGAUUCGCAAAUUAAGUGGUGCAGAAGAUAUUAACCCUGCAUUUCUUGAAAGGCGUUAUAAUGAAUUUCUUGCUUUGUAUAAUCGACUGAGAAGAGAAUUUCCUAGUCACUUUUUGGGGCUACAGUUUCCCCGAAAAGCUAUCAUUGGUAAUUUUAACCCUGACAUCAUUGCCUCAAGGAGUGCUGGAUUCGAAGCAUUUUUAAGUCUGAUAGGUUCUGAAAGUCAACUAAGACAUUCACCUUUGGUCAUUGCUUUUCUACAGAAUAAAGAGCUUGAUGAAGUUAUAAAACUAAUUCAGCACCAAGAGUAUGAACAGGCAAGACCAUUAGUGGAAAAUGGUUUUCGAUUAAUGAACAAAAUGCAGACAGACAGAGCUCCUUCGGUACUUCGUUGGUUAUGCUUGUUUGUUUGUGUUUGUUGGUUUAGUGGAGACAAAAGAGCUGAAGCUUUGGUUGGGCUCGCUAUACGAAGGUACCAAGCUGUUAGUGAUAUUGAUCUCCUUAGAUACUAUGUACCACUACUCCAUUUAGCUAAAAAGAUUUGUCAUGGUUCAACUGCAGAGACUGAAAUAAUUGCUAAUCAACUUGCUAAGCUUAAAGCUUGUGGUAUGCCCACUGAUCAUAGUAGAGAUCUGUUAUCCUUGCUUAUUGAGGAUUUAUCUCAAUCAGUGGUCUCUUAAGAUUUUUUAUUAUUAAAAAAAAUGAAGUAUAUUACAAAAAUAUUUUAUGUUACUCUAUGUUAUUUGAAAUUUGAAUAGUUUAUUAGACAAAAUAUUUUGAAUUGCUAAAGGUGAUAGAAAGAAGAAAUGUCUUUUCCGUUAAGACUGAUUAAUGCCUGGGAGAAGUAUAAACAAUUACAAGUAUAGAAAUUAUGAAGUAUAUCUUUUAAAAAUAAAGAUUAUGAAAUAUUUUAAAUAUUUGUAGGAUAUAAAUUACAAAGACAAAGUAAGUAUUUAA